GCUUCGGCGGCCUCUGGGAUGGCCGGGCCUCUGUGCCGAGUGACGGGAGGGCUGAGCUUGGUGGCCCGCCUUGUGCGCGCCGGAGGCAAGCUGGGCGCGAGGCCUGGAGUGCGGCGGGCAAGUGAAGGUGCACAUGUUGAUACUCACUACCGCCAAUUUGUACCACCGCCACAGUACCCAGUGAUAGUCAGCGAAGUAGUCACUGGCCUCAUGUGGUUCUGGAUUUUGUGGCGCUUCUGGCAUGACUCAGAUGAAGUGCUGGGCCACUUUCCUUACCCAGAUCCUUCCACGUGGACAGAUGAAGAGCUAGGAAUUCCUCCAGAUGAUGUAGAAUAAAUAGGUCGUUUCAAAGCAGCUGUUAAAAUAGGUUGGUCUGCUUAAUAAGAAAACAUUAAUUAAGUUAUACUGUUGACAAGUAACGAAUCUCAUAUUAAAAUUAAGCUACACCAGAAA